CAUCAUAAACUAACCACUCUACUUUCAAUUUGACAUCUGAACUUUACUUGGUAACAAACUCUCUAAUGGCUAUGGCUUUCAAGAUGGCUAUGACGGGAAUGUGGGUGACAGAAGAAUGCAAGAAUUCAUUCAUGGAGAUGAAAUGGAAGAAGGUACAUCGAUACAUCGUGUUCAAAUUCGAUGAGGGCUUAAAGCAGCUCACUGUCGACAAGGUCGGUGGCCCAGCUGAGGGCUAUGACGACCUAGCGGCAGCCUUACCAGAGGAUGAUUGCCGCUACGCUGUCUUUGACUUCGAUUUUGUCACUGUCGACAAUUGUCGGAAGAGCAAGAUCUUCUUCAUUGCAUGGGCGCCAAGUGCAUCCAGAAUUAGGGCAAAAAUGUUGUACGCGACAUCGAAAGAUGGAUUAAGAAGGGCAUUAGAGGGCAUCCACUAUGAAGUUCAAGCAACUGAUCCAACUGAGAUGGGAUUUGAUGUCAUCAAGGAUAGACUUAAAUAAUUAAUUAUCCUAACUCUUCUUACCCUAAUCACACCCUUACAAUCACUUUUACCAACUUAUAUUACUCGCUAAUAUAAUCACAUAUUUAUAAAUGUGAUCAAAUUAGGGUAUCAACUUAUAAAAAAUGAAUAAAUAGGUGAUGAUGUGUGUAUCAUCUUGUUUUUGAGUUGAUGGCGUCAUUGUAGUUUUGUUGACAGCACAUUACAUU